AUGGAUCAGGCACGUGAAGUUAUUGAGCCACAUUCAUGUGGCUAUCCAGUACAAAUACCUGAUGUUAGCUAUGUUAGCAAUCAUCACUGUGCUGUUACGGACAUUAUGAACAGUUGUUCUGCUUCUACAUCAGAACACCUGACUUCCUUGCCUACUAAAUAUUCAUCAAUAGCCAACCUGUUCAACAGUCAGCUAAUGAAAGAAAUCUUGCACAAAAUAAAAGAAAACGUCCAGCUAUUUAAAUUAUUGGUUACUUCAGAUAUCAUUCUGUUCCUGUUAGAAAGAAGACCUAGAAAAGGAAGAGAGUUGUUGGAUUUAAUAGCGAAUACUGCUGACAUUCUGCCAAAGCAGAGAGUUCUCGACACUGUGAACAGACUUCCUGAUAUUUUGAGAGAAUUACUGACGUCAUCUUCGGAGGAAGCAAAAGCAUUCAGGGAGCUCAUUAGGACUUACAACAAUCAAUAUGGAGUCACAUCUUUUGGUGUUAAGUGUAAUAGGGAUCUGUGCAGAAACAUGCAGCUUUACUUUCAUGAUAUUGAAAAUGAAGUAUCUAAUCGUCUAGCUGCCUGUCCUAGAUUAUCUGAGAGUGUGAUAAAGAAAUUAAUCACUGUUUUUCAGCAUAAUCCAUAUGCUCGCUUCUUUAGGAAUUUAUGUCACAUUCCUAACUUAGACAGCUACAAAAUAGUGUUGCAUACUCUUCCUGGUCUAGAUCAGAGAGUAUAUAACAAACCAACAGAGUCACAAGUUGCAGCAUUAUGGGUAGAAGGAGAAGAAAAUGGUGAAAAUAGCCGCCGUAAUAGACAAGUUUACACUUGUGGUGGUUCUCCACGUAACAUUCAGUAUUAUUAUGGCUGCUAUGAUCCAUUACAAUACCCUUUAAUGUUUCCAUUUGGAGAGCUGGGUUGGCAUCAAGGAAUUGCUAAGAAAGGCAUAAAAACAAGAAACAGAAAGCAAAAAACAAAAAAUGCAUCAGCUGAAAUGAUUGCCCCAGCAACUGCUUUAAGUGCUGAUCAGCUGCUGUACAAUGAAGAAAUUGCAAUGCAUGGACUGGAAGAGGAUCCAACUUUUGUUUCACUGAGGGAAUAUUACGCGUACAAACUUCAGAUUAGAGAUUCAAAUGAAUCUCUGCUUCUGCAUUUUUGCAGAUUGUUUCAACAGUAUGUUGUUGAUGGAUAUGUGAAGAUUGAGAAACAAAAACUAGACUUUUUCAGGUCACAGCAGGAAGAAAUCAGGAGAGAAUUUUUGAAUGGCAUAAUGGAUGCAGUGGCUGCUAGAGAAACUCAUGGGUCAAAUAUUGGCCAACGAAUUAUACUGCCACCAGGUUUCAUAGGAGGUCCUAAAAAUAUGCGUCGCAGAUACAUGGAUGCAAUGACUUUAGUGCAGAAAUUUGAAAAACCUGAUCUGUUUUUGACAAUGACUUGCAAUCCUAAUUGGCCAGAAAUCAAGGAACAUUUGAUUGCUGCAGAUGAAACACAGAACCGCCCAGAUUUGAUUUCAAGAGUCUUUCAUGCUAAGUUAGAAAAGUUAAAAGAUGAACUUUUUAAGAAGCACAUUUUUGGUGAGAUAGCUGCUUAUACAUAUGUAAUUGAGAAUCAAAAACGAGGUAUGCGUCACGCACAUUUCCUUUUGAUUCUCAAAUCCAAGUAUAAGUUGUAUACUGCAGAUGAAUAUGACAAAAUAGUUUGUGCUGAGAUACCUGACAAAAAGAAAUUUCCUCAUCUAUAUAAAAUGGUAGUUAAGCAUAUACAUCAUGGUCCUUGUGGUUCAGCAAAUCCACAGAAUGUCUGCAUGAAAAAAAAUGGAUUCUGUAAAAACUCUUAUCCAAAAGAAUUCUGCAAUGCAACUAUUCAAGUAGCUGAUGCAUAUCCAAAGUAUAGGCGCAGAGAUAAUGGCAUCAAAGUUAAAGUGAGAAAUGUAUGGCUCAAUAAUCGCUGGGUUGUCCCUUAUAGCGCCUAUCUACUUGCAAAAAUUGACUGCCACAUUAACAUUGAUAUAUGUUCGACAGUAAAGGCAAUCAAAUAUAUAUACAAGUACAUUUGUAAGGGACAUGACAGAACCAGCUUUCGAGUUGUAGCUGAUAGUCCACAUUGUGAGAUUGAUAAAAUCAAACAGUAUGUGUCAGCAAGAUGGAUAUCCCCUCCAGAGGCUACUUGGAGAAUUUACAGGUUUCCAACUAGCGAGAUAAAGCCAGCUGUUAUUCACUUACAGUUGCAUCUGGAAAACCAGCAACCGAUGAGCUUCAAGAAGAACACUGAUCUGCCUAAUGUUGUCAAUAAUGGUCAACUAAGAAAAACAAUGUUAACUGAAUUCUUUUACGUGAACAGAAUGAACAAGGAAGUUGAGGAUCUGAAUUACACCUAUGUGGAAUUUUCAGAACAUUUUGUUUGGAGUCCGAGCCAAAGAAUGUGGAAAAUUUGUGAGCAGAGAGAUUCUAUAGGUAGAAUAGUUGUUGCACAUCCUGGUAAAGGUGAAAGAUAUUAUCUAAGAUUGUUAUUGACAAAAGUCAGAUGUCCAACAUCAUUUGCAGAUCUCAGAACUUUUGCUGAAGUUCAGGUGCAGACUUUCCGUGAAGCAGCAUUGUUAAGGGGAUUACUGGAGGAUGAUAACAGCCAGGAACUUUGUUUGCAAGAAGCUUCUCACUUUCAUAUACCAUAUGAAAUGAGAAGAUUGUUUGCAACACUCCUGGUUUAUUCAAGUCCCAAUAAUCUGCCAUCAUUGUGGUCUAAAUUUGAAGAUGUUAUGUCUGAAGACUUUCUUAGAUGCAAAACUUUAACAGCAAGUCAAGUUAGAACAAAGGUGCUUGAUCAAAUAAAUGGCUUCUUACAGUCUAUGGGGAAAAAUAUUUCUUCAUUCAACUUGUACCCACUUGAUUUCUCAAUGGAUGAUAUGGAAAGUCAGACAAGGGAGUUAAAUGCAGAAAGAAAUAUAAGUGUUGCAGCAGCUGAUUUGGAUACUUGUGCUUUGCUGAAUCAAAAGCAAAAAGAAGCAUUUAAUGUCAUCUGUGAAAAAGUUUACACCAACAAAAGUGGUGCUUUCUUCGUUGAUGGUCCGGGAGGUACCGGAAAAACCUUUUUAUAUCAUGCAUUACUCGCUGAUAUAAGAUCAAAAGGUCAUGUUGCACUUGCUACCGCAACAUCUGGAAUAGCUGCUUCAAUUCUUCCAGGAGGGAGAACAGCUCACUCGCGAUUCAAAAUUUCAAUAGAUAUUUCUGAUGGAGGAACUUGUCGGAUUAGUAAGCAGAGCUCUCUAGUAACUUUGAUCAAAGAAUCAAAGCUAAUCAUUUGGGAUGAGACUCCAAUGUCUAAACGAGCAGCUAUUGAAGCAUUGGAUGAUAUGCUUAGAGACAUCAUGAACUCAAACAAAAUUUUUGGAGAAAAGGUAGUAGUUUUUGGAGGUGAUUUCAGGCAAACAUUACUGAUUGUUCGUAGUGGAACAAAGGCUGAAACAAUUAAUGCUUGCUUCAUUAAUUCGUCUUUGUGGCCUCACUUGCAAAAGUUACAAUUAACUGAAAACAUGAGAGCAAAAUCAAAUCCAUUGUUUACACAGUUUAUAUUGAAAGUAGGAAAUGGUUUAGAACAGCUGCACAAUACUGAUUUGGUUGUUAUACCGUCUUCAAUUAUGAUCAAAUACACCAAUGAAGUUGAUUCACUUGAAAGACUGAAGGAUGCUGUCUAUCCUGAUAUUAACACUAUAUCAGAAAAUGCAGCUUUGUCGUUGAACAGAGCAAUAUUGACAACAAAAAACCACUUUGCUGAGUAUGGUGAUUUCCUUAACACAUUAAGUCCGAGUGGUUUGCCUCCUCACAAGCUUGUGCUUAAGCCACAUGCACCAAUAAUUUUGUUACGAAAUCUUGAUCCAACUGAAGGGCUAUGCAAUGGAACAAGACUGAUCUGCAAGUCCUUGACUAAAAAUGUCAUUCAUGCAGAAAUAGCAGUUGGUCACUUUGCUGGCAAGAAGGUCUUCAUACAUAGGAUUCCUUUGCAACCUACAAAUGAUGACCAAUACCCUGUUCCUUACAAAAGGACUCAAUUUCCUGUUCGUUUAUGUUUUACUAUGACUAUUAACAAAUCUCAAGAACAGACACUUGAUUUUGUUGGUCUCUAUCUGAAGGAACAUGUCUUUUCACAAGGACAAUUAUAUGUUGCAUUGUCCCGUGCCAAAACAUCAAAUGCUAUUCGGGUUUUGAUUAAACCAGAGUACUUUAGCUUAGAUGAUAUUGAUUGCAUAAAAAAUAUAGCUUAUAGAGAAAUAUUGGAUCAUUCUUGUUACGACAGAAUGAGCAGGCGUUUAUUCGACAUACUUGAUAUCAAUAAACAAACUGGACCAUGGACCGUCCUUGUUCAGGUUGUUGAAAGAGGAAAUGUACAUGUAGCACGUACUGCACCAUACAAAAAAUUCCGUCGAUUCUUGUUGACUGAUUCUCAGAUUUCUACACCAGUCUCCGGCACACAGCAAUACUUGAACAGUUCUCGGGUGAAGUGA